UUUAAAGUGAGGAGUGAAACGUGCUAUAGUUAGUACCUACAAUCUCAAAAGCUUCCAUGUUAAUGUCACAUUUAAAAAAAAUACAAAUAGUUCCCCUGAAAUACAAUAAAACUCGACAGCUUUCCAUUCUUCUCGGUUUUUACGGAAGCACUUGAAGGCAACACGCAGCCCAUAGCAACCACUGCAGGAGUUUCGUGCACCUUAGCAACCAUGGAGAACAAGGAAGUGACAGAACAAGAGCACAAACUUCUUCUCUGCAGCCGAAUCCAACAACUCAGGAGUUCCAAUGCAGCUCUGCUGGCAGAGAAUGACCUGUUUGAAAAUUUCGGCGUCCGUUUGGAUCUACACGUCCAGCUGUUCCAGGCCGGGGGGGAGGGUCCGGAGGCCGCAGGAGCCUCUCAGCUGGAGGGUGGAGGACGGAGACGGAGGUCUCGUUGCUACACAUCAGAUCGCCUCCUACAGGAACAGAAACUUUAUGUCGCACAGACUGAAAUAACAGAGACACAACAAGGUCAUGAGGAUCUCAAACAGAGACAUGAGAGAAUCCAGGACAACUACAAGGCCUCUUUGGAAGAGUCGGAAUUGUGUCUGGCAGAGAUCAGGAAGGCCAAGAAAGAUUUUGAACGCAGAACGCUGAAACCUAUGAAGGACAACAGUCUGGAAAUAAAGAAGCCAGAGAGGGUGCUGCAGUACCUCCAAGACAAUUCGAAGGACACCCAGUUGGAGAAGUUACAUCUGAAGAGCCAAGCACUGAAGGUCGAGGAGAAGAAGCUCCAGAAGCAACUGCAACUUAAAAAGGAAACAGGAAAAGAUGAGUACGAGGAGGGAAUCAUCCAGGAGAACAGCGAUCAACGAUCUUACGUAAAUCUUGAAGAACUUAAAGUCAAAAGUUUGAUAGUGCAUCGUGUCCUCAGUUCACACAAGGAGAAGCUGCAGAGUGCGACAAUUGAGUUGACAGAGUUGAGCAAUGACAUCAGCAACAAGGAGCAGAUGCUGGUAAAACUUGAGGAGAUACAGCAGACUGAAGAGGAGUGUUUGAAGGCUGAGGCCCUGAACCAACACCUGUGCUGCCAGAUGACAGAUUAUGAAGCUCCUGAUAUCACAGAGUACACGCAGCUCAAAUACAAACACAAGACGCUGCGAUACAGGAUUCACAGUUUGGAGCGGAAGGUCGGGAUUGCUGAGAUGGCCUCGAAGACCCACAGUGAAGCCGGGAGCAAACAGAGAGCCACUCUCACUUCUGCAAACAGCGCUGCAGCUGGAGCGAGGCCUGGGGAAGACCACGUCCCAGUAAAGCUGCCGCACAUAGCAGAACGCAACACGGAGAGGCCGACGGAAUUCAUCAGAGAAUGAACGGAUGGAGGGAAACUUUAGAAAACAGUAGCAAAUGCCCCGUUCACAAUAUUAUUAAUUAUUCAACUUUAAUUUUAUUUGUUGCAACCAUUUGAUGCUUCCUUGUAAUAUUGGUCAGACAAUACAGAAAGACUGUGGGUUUGAAGGUUCCUGAAGUUUAAUUUAUAUUUUAGUCAAACUCACCAUGUGUCUAAAUUGUGCAGAAGUCCUCUAAAUGUAAAAGCUCAAUUUUACCCAAUUGCAAUAAAUAAUUAGAACCUUUGACCACGUUAAUCCCAUCAAUUCAUCUCCGAGUUCAUUUGUACUAAAUUUAAGAUAAAAUGAGCCUACUGCCACUGUCUCAGAGGCAUACAGAUGAUAGUUACUGUAAAUACAGUGCGAUCAAU